AUGCUUCCAUUGAAAGAUAUGUUGUCCAUACCCGAAGAAUUAAACAUUAAUUGGAAAUCCGUCACGAGUGCACUAAUCGUUCUUCAAUAUAUAUUCGAGAGUUAUUUAGACCAUCGACAGUAUAAAGUACUCAAAUCAUCAAUAGCAUCCAAUCAUCAAAUUCAGAAACAAAAAUCUCAAGACUAUGAAUAUAAUAUUGUUAAACUCAGAUUUGAUUUCGUUAAAAAAUCUGUAUACUUGUUUCGUGGUUUGAUUAUUAUCAAGUUUGACUUGUUAUACAAAGUAUGGAUACUAAGUGAAUACAUAAUGACUUGUUUAGUAUCUUUUUUACCAGAGAAAGCAAUGGGAAAUAUCAUCCCCCAGUCAGUAAUUUUUAUGAAUAUUAUACUAAUUGUUACUUUUAUUUUUGGACUCCCUUUCAAGUACUAUGAACAAUUUGCUUUACAAGAAGGUUAUGGAUUUAAUGAGCAAACAAUUGGACAGUUUAUGGGUAAAAAAAUAAUGCGAUUUCCAAUACCACUUGUGGGUGGUUCAAUUGCCAUUGUUGUGUAUUUGGUGGUUUUGGAGCAUCAAAUUGUUGAAUCCCUUUUAGGUGUAAUGUGCUUCAAUGCCGUGGUUAGCUUGCUUGGUGAAACCGUUUUCCCCAUAUUGUUUAUGUCAUUUGUGAAAUCCUUCAAAACUUUGGAAGAUGGGGAGUUGAAAAUGGCAAUUGAAAAUUUGGCAUCUCAGGAGCAAUUUCCAUUAUCUAGAUUGCAUGUUUAUACUGUCGACGGUUCUCGAAAGGGUCCAGAAUUUCUUUCACAAUAUUCUACUGCUUACUUCAUUGGCUUUCCAUGGAGGAAACAGUUUGUCCUAUAUGAUACUUUGAUUAGUACUUACACAACCAGGGAAAUACUUGCUGUUUUUGCUUAUGAAAUGGAAUAUUCGAAACAUGGCCAUUCAAUUGCAACAUUCCUAUUGUUGCGAACUUACUUCUUGUUGUUAAUUUGGGUAUAUGCAGCUUUGAUUCAUAACAGAUCACUCUAUAGUAGCUUUGGAUUUGUUACUGAACAGCCAAGUGCAGUGGGACUUCUCCUAUUGGUUGAUAUAAUAUUACCUAUUGAAUGUUUCCUGGGAUUUAUAAGAAAAUUGAUUACUAGGAUGCGUAUAACUAAAGCAGAUAAAUAUACAAGUGACUGUGGAUACUCGAAAGAUUUAGGUACAUUGUUGUUGAAAUCUUCAAAGAAGGAAAACGACUUAACUAAGAGCGAUAUUGAUUGGUUAUACUCCACGUUAUAUAAUUCGGAACCGACUUUGAACGAAAGGUUAACCUUGCUUGAUUCAUAUCAAUUGGAAGAGAAACCAGAAAAAGUCGAGUAG